CGUGACCGGAAGCGGCUCCCGGCGGCGGGAUGGCGGCUGAGGGAGACGUGGAGCUGGAGCUGGAGACGGAGCCGAACGGCUCCGGCGGCGGCAGCGAUGGGGCGGGCGGGCGCGCGGCCGAGAAGCCGCGGAAGCACGACAGCGGCGCGGCGGACUUGGAGCGCGUCACGGACUACGCGGAGGAGAAGGAAAUCCAGAGCUCCAACCUGGAGACGGCCAUGUCGGUGAUCGGAGACCGGAGAUCCCGGGAGCAGAAAGCAAAGCAGGAGAGGGAGAAAGAGCUAGCAAAAGUGACCAUCAAGAAGGAGGACCUGGAGCUGAUUGUGAGUAGAGGCGGGGCGCCGGGUGAGCCGUGUCGUGUCCCAAACCUGGGGGUGAAACUGCACCCACGGAGGGGGCUGGUGCACGCAGGUGUCCUGAGGCCGGCUCCCUCCUGGGGCACUUUCCCCGGCCCACAGAAAUGCUGGGGCUGGGCAGAUCCGGUCGGGUGACCAUGAUCCGGCAGG